AUGAAGACGAAGCAUCUUCUCUCCCUCGCUGCCAUGGCUGGUCUAGCAUCAGCAUUGGACCGCAGCAGCUCUUGUAACAUCACCACCGUUCAGAGCAUCGUUAACAACCUCGGACUCAACGGGACGAAUGCAACAGUCGAAUUCACCUACCGUCUUGAUUCAAACGAUACCAUAGCAGCAUUCAAGACAGCCGUUGGCGCCGCAAACUUUCAAACCGAUAUCCCACCAGUCUGCGCUAUCCGUAUCAAUGGUUCGACAAGCGAAGGCGCCAAUUUCGGAUUCGCGGCUUUGUUGCCUGAUACUUGGAAUAAUCGGAUUAUUAUUGAGUGGCCCGUUAUGAGUGCCAGUCUCAAAUAUGGCGUGGCAGCUAUUGGCUCCAACAGUGGCCACGAUGUUAGCGACAUGAAUCCAGAAUGGGUCACAGGUGAAGACGCCCUCAUCGACUGGGGAUACCGUGCAUUGCACGAAUCGACCGUCCUAGGGAAAGCAUUGGUCGGGGCGUGGUAUGGCAACGCAUCAGUAUACAAUUAUCUGGCAGGCUGCUCUACGGGUGGCCGUCAAGCAUUCAAAAAUGUGCAGACUUAUCCAACAGACUACGACGGCGUGAUUGCAGGUGCGCCGGCAUGGUGGACUACGCAUCAGCAGCUCUGGAAUUUGAAGUAUACGACGUACAACGCACCGCAGAACUCGACGCAUUCCAUUCCGACGUCUAUGUUCAGCGUUAUUGGUGACGAGGUUUUGAGGCAAUGCGAUCCCCAAGAUGGGCUCGUGGACUCGGUGAUUUCAGAUCCCGCCGGAUGCAACUUUGAUCCUAUGCAGCUUGUCUGUAGUAGCAAUCAGACGACCGAUUGUCUUACCCCAGCGCAGUUGCCUACACUAUAUAAGAUCUAUAAUGACUGGGUUGAUGUCAAUCAAACUUUUGUAUACAGCCACCUGUUUUACGGCAGCGAGGCCAGUUGGGCCGCGCAAAUCGGUGAUGGCGACUUGACCACAAUCGAGUCGGAAUACUGGUACAUCACAAACUUGCUCGGUCUCACAAACUUCACGUAUCAAGAUCUAGAUUAUGGUACCGUGCUUCUGGCGGAACGAUUAGAUCCCGGAAAUGCCACUGCUGAUGAUUUUGAUAUCUCUCCUUUCUACGAGAAUGGAGGGAAAAUCAUUCAUUGGCAUGGUCUGUCUGAUGGCGCUGUCUCGCCUGGUGCAAGUGUCUAUUUGCACGAUCACAUCGAAUCGGCUAUGCUAGCUCAGGGUAUUGAAAUUGAUGACUUUUAUCGCACUUUCUUCAUUCCUGGCCUUGAACACUGCUUCGGCACACCAGACAACCAAAACGCGCCUUGGUACCUCGCCGGUCCUUAUCAAGCAAGUCUAUACGACUUUGUCCCCGCUAACAUCGUCGACAACACGGUUCAUGAUUCAAUGUUGUCGUUAAUGGCGUGGGUUGAGAAUGGGACUGCUCCGGAUUAUUUGGUUUCGACUGGAUUUGUGAACAAUUCAGAUCCAACCACGGUCAAACUUAACAGGCGCAUUUGUCCGUAUCCGCAGCAGGCGUCGUAUAGCGGUGUGGGCAAUGUGACUGAGGAGGAUAAUUGGGCGUGUAAGGAUCUCUAUUAG